AUUUAAUCUCAUGAUGAAACCAAAAAUGUGUCAUCUAAAUUACCAACCAGUUACAACUUUGAAAACUUAAACUCUUGAUUUUGAUUUAUUAGAACUAGAGAAGAUUAAUUUUUCUGUUAAAAUGGAAUAAAUGGCUUAAUAACUUAAUAAAGAAUAAGAAAUCCCAACCCCGACUUUUAAUUAUAAUAUGUGUAAAAUAUAAGGUCCACCCAAUGAUAUAAGCAAUAGGCUUCAACAUUUUUUAUCUGUUUCCCCUAAAAAAUUAAUCAAAUCAAAUCGUAACUUGCCUCGAAUUAUAAAAGAGCCAUUAAAAAAAACACAAAUUUGA